AUUGCACAAUUUGCUGUCAAAACUCAUUACGCCAAAAAAUCUAAAAUAGUUUUGUUUUGUUUUAAAAGAGAAAAAGAGAGGGAUUCUUAUAGUUUUAAGAUAUAAACUAUUUAUUGGAAUAAAUUAUCUACCUAUACAUUUCCUAGAAUAACAAAACAUGUCACCGCAGCCCGAAACACCGCCUUUAACUUAUAAAGUUAUUGCCCAAUGUUCGACUUCAAAAGCCCGAGUUGGGGUGAUGAGUCUGCGGCACGCUGACGUCAAUACCCCUGUUUUCAUGCCCGUCGGAACUCAAGGAACCCUCAAAGGUAUACACCCGGAUCAGUUGAUAGCACUGGAUUGUCGCAUCCUAUUAGCCAAUACCUAUCACUUGGGUAGUCGGCCGGGUAUAGAGACAUUGAAAAAAGCCGGUGGCCUUCACAAGUACAUGGGAUGGCCACGUGCCAUUCUUACAGAUUCUGGCGGCUUCCAAAUGGUAUCAUUGCUGCAGCUGGCUGAAAUCGAUGAGACUGGAGUGAACUUCAAUUCUCCCUACGAUGGUUCCAGUUGUAUGCUCUCUCCAGAGCAUUCCAUUACAAUUCAAAAUGCUAUUGGUGCUGACAUCAUGAUGCAAUUGGAUGAUGUGAUAAAGACAACAAUCACCGGGCCGAGGGUCGAGGAAGCAAUGCAUCGUACAAUUCGUUGGGUUGAUCGUUGCAUUUCGGCUCAUAAGAGAGACGAUGAACAGAGUUUGUUCCCCAUCGUUCAGGGAGGCUUAGAUCCUGAGCUGCGGAAACAUUGUGUUGCCAAAUUAACCGAGAGGCCAGUGCGAGGCUUUGCAAUUGGAGGCCUGAGUGGUGGCGAGAGUAAACACGAGUUCUGGCGAACGGUUCACACGUGUACCGAUCUUCUUCCGAAUGACAAACCUAGAUACUUAAUGGGCGUUGGGUUUGCCGCCGACCUGGUUGUGUGUGUUGCCCUGGGAGUGGAUAUGUUUGAUUGUGUGUUCCCUACCCGAACAGCGAGAUUUGGUUGUGCUCUUGUAGAUAGCGGACAGCUGAAUCUAAAACAACAAAAGUACGCUCUGGAUUUGCGACCCAUAGAUGAGAAUUGUCAUUGCAGCACUUGCAAAAUGUACACACGAUCUUAUCUUCAUCACAUUGCAACUGUAGAACCAGUUGCUUCGAGUUUAUUGAGUAUUCACAAUGUUGCGUACCAAUUGCGACUUAUGAAUGGUAUGAGAGAAGCAAUAACAAAUGAUGAGUUUCCCAAAUUCGUUAGAAGUUUCAUGAGAAAUCACUUUGGUGAAGACCCUAUUCCACAAUGGAUAAUUGAUGCUCUGGAAGCUGUUAAAAUAGAUUUACAAGGAAUGGAAGGUUAACUUAAAAGAAAACAAAAAAUCAAAAAAAGACAAUGAAGACAAAAAAAAAUCCUUAGUUUUUUAUUUAUUACUUAUUUAUCAGUAUGACCAAAAGAAGGGCUCUAGUUACUUUAAGCAUUUCCUAAUAAAGCUAAAUGUGUACUUAUUUUAUUUAAUGGUACAAAA